CAAGUUUGUAAAUCGACCUUCAUGUAACCAGAUAUAACCUACAAAAUUCUAACCUCAAAACCAAAUAUGUUCUAACAGGUGUUAUUUCCUUUGUGAAGACUUUUUAUACAAAUAUAAGAUGUCAACAUUGGUCUACUCUGAGAAGUUUUCCAACGGGAAGUCGAACAACAUUGUUGAAAAAUGCCAGAUCUGCCCCUACUUCACAACAUUACCAUUUUUGAUGAUAAACCACGCUGGACGUAAUCACUCUUCACUGGUACCUUUUGGCUGCGAAAAUAGUCUAGAAACUUAUCACUGCGACGACUGCAAUUUCCAGACCAGUCUUACCAUCAUUUUAACAGAGCACAUUAAGAAGUGCCACUUGAACAAAAACAACCCCACAGAGCCCUCAGACAUCAGUUACGUUAUCCAGACUUACGGUUGCAAAAGUUGCAGUUUCGAAACCUAUUUUGCAAUAAAGUGGCUCCAGCACGCAGUAACGUGUCCACAAACAAAGAAACAAACGGACUUCAAAAAGUCCACGCACGGACGCAAAGUGCGGAGAAGUGCGUCCGGUUGGUACCACUGUGACCAAUGUGAGUACAAAACCAAAUUCAGAAGCAUGUUGACCAGACACAACUACGUCAGGCACACAGACCCAAAAGACAUCAAGUGGCAUCAGUGUGAAAAAUGCCAAUUUAAAACCAAAACUAUAUCUUGGUUAAAAAAUCACAUGUACAACAAACACGCAGACGAAAAAGACAUCAAAUGGUAUCAGUGUGAAAAGUGUUCGUACAAAACGAGACACAAACACAAUUUAAAAAUUCACAGACAUAGUCAUACAGACAAGAAAGACAUCCAGUGGCACCAAUGUAAACUCUGCUCACAGAAAACCAAAACCGCGUAUUAUUUAAGAAAGCACGUAUUAAACGUGCAUUCAAACGAAAAAAUCAGGUGGCAUCAGUGCUUGAAAUGUGCACACAAAACUAAGUAUAAGUUCGCAAUGAAAGUCCACAUGAGGAAUAAACACAGUGAAGAUGGGCCGCUGAAAUGUGGAAAGUGUUCACUCAUGGUGAUGAAUAAGGAGCGCUUGAAAGCGCACGUGAUUAAGUGGCAUCAAGACGGAAAGAAAUAUUCAUGUGGUCAGUGUUCGUUUAAAUCAGUUCAUAGGGGCAGUUUAAGGAAACAUGUUAAGUGUAUACAUAUGUGUGACAGUGAGGUGAAGUGGUAUCACUGCGAAAAGUGUCCGUAUAAGACUAAAAGGAAAGAUACGCUACACUCACAUUUAAAAAAAAGUCACUUUAGUGAUAAGGAUAUAAAAUGGAUUAAUGCGAUUAUGAUGUUAUAAAAAUAAAAAUAUCUAAAUUUGGUCUAUAA